AUGGGAUCUAUCUAUCUAUCUAUCUAUCUAUCUAUCUAUUUCCCCCGCGUCCAUGGGCAUAAUAUGGUUAUUGGCGCCAAACCCUAUUAUCUAUCUAUCUAUUUUUCUAUCUAUCUAUCUAUCUAUCUAUCUAUCUAUUAUACAUUUGUUUCAUUGUGUUAUCUAAAUAUCUAUCUAUAUAUUAUCUAUCUAUCUAUCUAUCUAUCUAUUAUCUAUUUAAAUUUGUUUUCUUCGUUAUUUAGAAAUUCUAUCAUAUGGAUGUCAUGCAUGGCGUCAGAAACAUUAUUCAUAUCUAUCUAUCUAUUUAUCUAUUCUAUCUAUCUAUCUAUCUAUCUCACUUUGUUUCUUCGUUAUCUAUCUAUUUAUCGAUCUAUCUAUCUAUCUAUGAAAUCUAUCUAUUUACACUUGUUUCUUCGUUAUCUAUUCUAUCUAUCUAGCUAUGCUAUCAUAUGGACGUAA